CCUCAGGUCCGGGAGAAAAGCGCUGGGGGAAAUGACUCUCUCUGUACUUAAACGCAGGGGAGAGACGAGUGGAGUGACUCACUUAAAACCGUUUACCCUUAAAAAGUGGUGACCCUUAUAUAAAGUGGACAGUGGCACUGGACUGUUACUCCAGUCUGUUCAAGAGGUUUUUGAUGGAACCAUACAGAAUAGAAGAGACAGCGCGAGUGUGCAAGAAUGGAAGGGAGAUGUGGUCCUUUACAUAAGCUGAGGCACAAACUCUACUUGCUCUUUGUGUCAUUGUCCAUUGUUUGUGUGCUGAAGCUUGUCUACGUAAAGGUCUCAUUGAAAAAACGAUUCUUCAUUGAGCCCUAUGGAAUUACAGUAAGAUCAUCCAAUUCUCAGUCUAACAAAGAUGCCAUUGACUGCACUGCCAUUUAUCAGCUGGAUCCAGUAGAAAUUGGCAAGUCUUUGGAGAUAAGGCGCAGAGACAUUGUGGAUUUGGAUGAUGAGAGUGUUGUGUCCUUUACUGAGGAUUGUCCAAAAUACCUAUCUGCAAGAGGUUAUAAUGGCAUCUCGGUGACUGACGAGGAGCGUGACUUUCCAUUGGCCUACUCUUUAGUAGUGCAUAAGAACAUGCCCAUGGUAGAGAGGAUUAUCAGAGCCAUCUAUGCACCAAACAAUAUAUACUGCAUUCAUUAUGAUCAGAAGUCCUCAAAAUCUUUUAUCGCAGGGGUGAAAAACCUGGCCAAAUGUUUCCCUAACAUAAUUAUUGCCUCCAAACUGGAAUCGGUGCAGUAUGCACACAUCACAAGACUUAGUGCAGAUCUCAAUUGCCUGUCAGACCUAAUGAGGUCAGAGGUCAGAUGGAAGUAUGCUAUCAAUCUUUGUGGGCAAGACUUCCCACUCAAGUCUAACUACAAGCUGGUGAAGGAACUGAAACAGCUGAAGGGUGCAAACAUGUUGGAGUCAAGCCGACCAAGUGAGCUAAAAAAACAACGCUUCAGCUUUCAACAUGAACUGAAAGAUGUUCCAUAUGAGUACCAGAAAUUACCCAUUAGAACUACGAUACCUAAAAGCCCCCCACCACAUGGCAUUGAGAUGUUUAUUGGAAGUGCCUACUUUGUCCUUUCUCGUGAUUUUGUCCGGUAUGUUCAGACUAGCCAACUGGCAAAAGACUUCUUAGAAUGGUCAUCUGACACCUACUCUCCAGAUGAGCACUUUUGGGCAACACUAGCACGAGUGCCCGGUGUGCCAGGAGAGAUCCCAAGGGCAGAGCCUGAUGUGACUGAUUUAAAGAGUAAAACCCGUCUGGUAAAGUGGAACUAUUUGGAAGGGUCUUUGUACCCCCCUUGCACUGGAAUGCAUAUGCGUAGUGUUUGCAUUUAUGGGGCUGCAGAACUCAGGUGGCUCUUGAACUAUGGCCACUGGUUUGCAAACAAGUUUGAUCCCAAAGUAGACCCUGUCCUCAUUCAAUGUCUUGAGGAAAAACUUGAAGAGAGUAAACUUCAACAUCGCUUGAAGACAGUUUUAUAAAAGAGGAGUAGGGAUUGAAGACCCUUAUUUAUGACCUAAUUUAGGGAUCUAGAGGGGGUUUAUGCUUUUGUUCUUGUUUCCAACUAAAACUGUCUGACACCUAUUAUAAAGCAAAAACAUAAUGUUUUGUGUAGGGCUUUCUUUCAUAUGCUGGUGAAAUGUUCUAAACAAUACAAAGUACAAAAAUAAUUAAAGCAUUUUGCCAUCUGCAUCAAACCAAAACUUUACAUCCAUGGCCAUUUAAAGUGCCUUUCAGCUCCCAUUUAGAGAUUGUUGCCUUACUAAAGACCUAUGAAACAUCUUAUUAAAAAGCACAUUCAUAGAGUGCCCAAUAUUCUACCUCAGUUGUCUAUUAUAAUUUAUUCCUAAAGAUAGGUUUAAAUGAAUGUUUCCUUAUUGUAGUGACCUUUUUGUGUUUUAGAUACAGAUAUUGUCUCAUAACCCUUUCUUUCAUAAGUCUUUCACAUGUAGAGCAUUGACAGUCUGUAUGUGUGAGACAAACCAAUGACGCUUUUUCCAUACACAAAAUAUUAGUUAGCAAGAUUUCUAACAGGAACCAAAGUCAACAAUCAUAAUUCACUAAAGAACAGUUAGGUGAAAGAAUAUUUCUCUUGUUUUAAUAAAUUUAUAGUAAAGAGAAAUGCUUUGUUAAAUGUAUCACUUUGGGCCAAUAUUUAUGUUUUUUUGCUAAGGGAUGUGCAAAAAGUAGAAGAAAUUGACCUCAAUAGCCAUUAAAAUGCCUUUCAGCUGUUAUUUAGUACUUGUGCAUUAAUCAUCUGUCUAUUUCAGUCAGCUGCUCUGGUCACACCUAUUUAGUCAAUCUUUAUAUAGGUUGACAUUCUCUUUUUAAUUUCAGCAUAUGUAGUUUAAACAUUUUUGAAAGUCACAAUGAAUCAGAUUUUUAUUAUAAAAGUUAUUCAUAUCUGUAAAAGUAUCAGAGAUUUUAUUUUUAUUGCUAUGUCCAGAACUUAAACCAGAUAUUUCUUUUGUAAAUUAUGGAUAACUGUUAUUGUUGGUUUUCAGUUGCUGUUGCUGUGAACUGAGGUUGUAGUGUUUGACACUGUGUUUCCUGCCUGUGAUUUCUGCUGAAAACUGCAAAAAAAUGUCUAUCAUAGCAUAAACCUUUAUAUACCAAGUGUUGCUGCUAAGUGACUAUAUAUCACGCUGUUGUUCUCAAUACAGUUCUGUAAUUCUGUAAUUACAUCAUAUGGUUCAUCUAUACAUGGGCAGCAAUGGGUAUGUAGAGGUACUUUUUCAACAAAAGGAAGCCAAGAAAUGUAUUUGGGGGGAUAAUCACAUGAUAUCUAUUAUAUAAACUUUCUUUUAGAUUCAUUGCAUGAUUAAUUUCUCAUUACCAUCAAGUACAUGAUGUUCUCCAUACUGAUCUUUUUUAGCAGUUGUCUACAUUGAAUUCCUCAAACAAAGGUGAAAACAAUUAACAAAUCUUCUGUGCUAGUCUUUCUGUUAUAGAUUUAGUCCUGUACUUCAUACAGGUCCUGUAUA